AUGCAGUCCUUCAUGGAGAUCAGCAAGCAAAACAUGGAGAUGACUAAGCAAAAUUUUGAGUCUCAAUCCGCCACAAUAAAAAGACUUGAGACUACCGUGGGGCAAUUGUCGGGCACUUUGAACCAAAUUCAACAGCAGCAGCAGCCCGGGAAAUUUCAUGACCAACCCCUGCAAACUCACCAGGCUCAAGCUGUCACUGUUCUUCGCAGCGGCAAAAUGGUGGACAACAACGUGAAGGAUCCGGAGCAGACCAGAAAUUCAGAGCUGCCGAAGUCACCUCUGGAGAAGCCAGCUCUGCCGAUUCCAGAGAUGCCGAAGUCACCUCUGGCGAAGCUAGCUCUGCCGAGUCCAGAGAUGCCGAAGUCACCUCUGGCGAAGUCAGCUCUGCAGAAUUCCGCCGCACAAGGUUCAGUCCUGCCAAGUUCCACUCUGACGAGCCCUUAUGAAGAAGAAGGACCAGAGCAGAAGAAAAAGGAAGGAGAGAAGGAAGAUCAGCCAAAAGACAGAGUGAUGGAAGAAGGAAAAGAGGCCAAACUACACAAAUCCACUACACCUUAUCGGCCACCAAUUCCUUUUCCGGGCAGAUUGCGGAAUGAAAAGAUGGAUAAACAGUUCGCCGACUUCUACAACAUGUUUGCCAAGCGGAAGUUCGAGGACAAUGAGAAGGUUUUGGUCUCAGAAAUUGCGAACUCGAUCAUACAGCAGCCUCUGCCACCAAAGCAACGCGACCCAAGUAGUUUCGUGAUUAAAAUUGCUUUAGGAAAUGGUAAGGAAGCUACGGGAAUGUUAGAUUUGGGUGCUGGAAUUAACCUUAUGCCUUACUCUAUUUUUAAACAAUUAGAGUUAGGUGAUUUGAAACCCACUCGCAUGUGUCUACAACUCGCCGAUAGGUCCGUUACAUACCCCCGUGGGAUCGUAGAGGAUGUUUUGGUGAAUGUUGGGGGCUUGAUUAUUCCCGUAGAUUUUGUGGUUCUCGAGAUUGGGGAGGUGCAUGAAAAUGGUGUCGAGCACACACUACUGUUAGGAAGACCGUUUAUGGCAACCACUAACACCUUAAUUGAUGUUAAGGAUGGAAAUAUUAAAAUGACCGUGUUAGGGGAGUCAGUGUCUUUCUCUGUGCAUGAUAGUCGUGCUAUGCCUUUUGCAAAUUUUAUCAACGAAUGCUCCUUUAUAGAUCCUAUUGAUGGCUUAGUUGAGAAGGUAUUUUUACAGGAGCAGGAGUGUGUGGAAGUCUGUGCUGGAUCGGCAGACAUGGAAGAGCUAGCUCGGGAAGCUGAAGAGUUCAGCUCUGCACUCGCCAGCUCUGCCCCCUUCAGCGAUGCAACCUUUAGCUCUCCACUGCCCAGCGCUGCACCCUUCAGCCCAGCUCUGCCGAGCUCAGUGCUGCCCUGCCAUACGGAGCUGCCCAUUGAUGAACAGAUGAGAACCAAGAGGCCAGCGCUGGCACUGAAGGAACUCCAAGCCAAUCUCAAGAACGUAUUCUUAGAAGAGAAAAAGGAGAAGCCGAGGUUCAGAUCGGUAGCGUUGUCCCUGAAUAAAGAAGGUGUGCUGCCAAAGGACGUGUUUGACCCUGGUGCAACUCCUUCUAAGGAAAAUUUCAGAGGAGACGGACAUCGCAUGACAUCCGAUUAUGGGCAGAUGAGUACUCCGAUGGUAGUGGAGUCUCACAUUCUGCACGAUCCUCAUUGA